GGACUACCUGCAUCAGUUGGGAGACUGAGCCAUUAGCAACGGUGGUACAGCACUGCAAGCAUGCUGAGAGACAACAGAGUACUCAGAAGGAAGAAAAAAUAAAGGAAGAAAAAGUAAAGACACAGAAACUACAGGCUGCCCAGAUGACGUUUUACCAGGGAGCAGCCCCAGCAGGGACAGGACGAGGGGGUGGAGUGUGCAGGUGCUACAACUGUGGGAAGCCGGGUCAUUUUGCUGCUGACUGCUCUGAGCCAACGAAUCCACAGAGGAACAAAGACAGAGGCGGACCGAGAAGAGGGGCCCGAGAGGAGGGGGCAAGAAGAGGAGGAAAAGGAGCACAUGCAUGGACAGCCCCAUUCCAACAACAGCCGUGGCAGCCACCUCCCAAGCAAUGGCAGGUCGGGCCACCUCACGGGGUCCAGCAACAGCAACAGUGGGGACCACAAGGAGUCCCUACAGGCAGAGGACAAACUGGAGCCUGGCAGACGGGGCCGCCGGCACAGACGACCCUGUACAAUUCAGGACAGGGACAGGAGGAGGAGUAUUGACAUGAUGAGAAGACAGGGACAGUUGUGCUAAAAUCCUCAGAGCAACAAGAGCAUUUGUUUUUAAAGUGUCACACCCUUCCGAGAGUAGAGCCAACAGUGGAGGCUUGCGUCAAUGGGUGAAAGCGGCUCUACCCCAGCCACUGGUGGGGAUCCUGCACAAACUGCAACCAGGUGACUGGGUGGUGGUGAAAGACCUAAGACGAAAGCAUUGGAACCAGCAGAGGUGGACUGGACCAUACCAGGUGAUGCUGAUUACCCCCUCUGGUCUUGAGCCUUCUCAUUACAGUUGCCAUAUGGACAGUGACUCAAGGACAAUCCUGGAAAGACAACAUGGUACGGACUCGACUGAUAACCAUUCAGUCCCACUGCGGGACUUAAAUAACAGCCACUCCAGCUCGAGCCAACGGCAGGCUCAGGACAGGAAUCCAGCAAACAAUAAAAGAAGGUCAAUGCAUCCACUGGAUGAGCAUCACAGUAGGAAUCACGAGGGAAACACUUGGUGGUCACUGCUUAACUAUACAGUAAAGACUGAACUGAUGUUAGGAAAUACCUCCUGUUAUGUAUGUAGCUUGUUUCCACAUUCAGUGAUCUCCCCAUUCUUACAGUAUUCAGUAGAGGUCAGCAUUAAAGACACUCUAUGUGCACUAGAGGCGCUCUUGUCCAACGAGAACACAGGGGGUCAACCUUCACUAGGUAGAACACUGAGGGAUAAAUGCAAUUAAUUUGUAAUUUGUCAUCAACAAAAGAUUUACGGGGGAUUUGAUUGUUCACAUUGGUGUAGUAGAAUCAUCUUAGAACCUAGAUCCCGUGUACCAGAACCUAUUCAAGUCCAAUCCCGGCGAACCCCAUUUAGGACCUGUCAUUGUCACAAUCCAAGCAAUUUUUCCAUACCACAAUUGAAUGAAUCCUAUCUGGGAAUGUCAACAUGUGUCAAUUAUAGUGUUUUCCCAUUAGGAUGUAGCUGGAAGAAGGGAACAUGCAGCUCUGGAUACCCCAUUAGAUUGAGGGUGGGACACACCAUUAUUGAUGCUGAAACUGACAAUCGUUCUCCUCAUCAAUUUGGCUCGGCAACAUUUACUGAUCAUUAUUGGAUUUGUGGUGAUAAAGCUUAUCUCUACCUACCCACAAAUUGGACAGGGUGCUGUAUUUUUGGUAAACUAAACAUCUCCCUUGUGGUAAUGCAUAAAACUAAUUCCUCUAUUCCAAGCAGGUUAAGGCUAAUUAAGAGGGACAUCUCGCAAUACAAUAAUGUCCCUAGUGACUCUCGACGAUCCUCGAAAUUGGAAAAGUUCUGGCGUGGUUUAAUCCCCUGGUGUGGGGCAUCGGAGAAUGCACAUGAGUUGGAUAGGCUAGGAUAUCAUUUGGAAUCCCUGGUAAAUUUGACCACUGCAGGGUUUUCUAUGAUAAGACCAGAAUUACAGGCCACUCAGCUCAUGGCAACACAAAAUAGGGUGGCACUUGACAUGUUGCUAGCACGUGAAGGAGGGGUGUGUCAAAUUAUAGGAGAUCACUGUUGUACAUUUAUACCCCAGGGAGAUGACAAUUUGACUAUUGUAGUGGAACAUUUGAAAGAGCUUAGGGGUGUUCUUGAAAGGGAACACCAGCCUGAUAUCAACUGGAAUCCGUUAGGAUGGGUUCAGUCAGUGUUUGGUGCUUGGGCUGCGACCAUUUUCCACUGGUUCAUCUAUGGUCUAAUAUUACUGAUUGCUCUGUUGCUAAUUAUCAUUUGUGUGAAGAAAUUGUUUAAUAAAGUGGUUGAUCUGGUUGUUCUUACUAUGCCCUUGCUUGCAAAUGAAGUAGGUGUAGAUGAGGAAUCUGAGAUUGAUGGACAACAAUCAGGUGAACACAGUGAAAUAUUCUCACUGGACAGUGUAGAUAGGGAGGGUUCACUGUAUAUGAAUGAUUUCCCUGACCCAUUCCCUAUUCCUGACUAUAUCUCUGAUAGUGGGGAACCCAAUUCUAAGCAUGAGGAUUUAGAGGGAUGACUGUCCUAUAGGUUGUAAUGAUGCCUGUGUUUAGACAGGGGUUCUCUUGUAAUUUUGGGAGCAUUUAUAUGUUUUGUUAUUUUCAUUUUUACUCAACAAAUGUAUUAUUCUAUAUGUUUAAACAGGUGCAAGUCUGUAUUAUGGUAUAAACAUUGUAAACUCAGUUUCUGAAGGGUGAAUAAUUACAUUGAAGGGAUUUGAUUCUUUAUUAUCUUUACAUUUUGAUUGUGGAUUUUUUAAUUGUAUUAUAUACUCUGCAACUACUGUUAGUAAGGUGCCAUGUUACUAUUCUGAUUCUUCAGAAGGGACUGAGUCCCUUGAGAGGGGCAUGUUGGGGAUUAAUCAGAAUUAGUUAGGUAACAUAGAGAGGAUGUUUUAUUUUCAUGAUAUGCUUAUGAGUUAUUUCUCAUAAGAAUGUAUUUUGUUGUACUA